GCGUGAGGAGCAGCCCGCGGCCCGCGGCCGAUCGCCCGGCGAACAAUGUCCUUCCGUGAGAGCAGGGCGGCGGGCGGCGGCGGAGAGCGAGCCAAGCCGAGCGAGGACCCCGGCCGAAAGCUGAGUUCAAGUUGGAUCAACGGCAUGGAGAGCGGCGCCCCGGCGGGUCCCUCGGCCGAGAAGAAGAACCACCACUGGAAAAGUUACAAGUUGAUCAUUGACCCGGCUCUGAAGAAAGGCCAGCACAAACUCUACCGCUACGAUGGGCAGCAUUUCAGCAUUCCCAAUCCAAGCCUUGCCCCCGUGGAGUGUGUCGAGGAUCCCAGGAUUGGACGAAUAUGGACCAAAACGAAAGAACUGGAACUCUCCGUCCCUAAAUUCAAGAUUGAUGAGUUUUACGUGGGACCGGUGCCUCCCAAGCAAGUCACCUUCGCCAAGUUGAACGACAACAUCCGUGAAAAUUUCCUGACCGAGAUGUGUAAAAAAUACGGCGAGGUGGAAGAAGUGGAGAUUUUGUACAACCCGAAGAACAGGAAGCACCUGGGAAUCGCCAAAGUCGUCUUUGCCACUGUGAAAGGCGCCCGGGAAGCUGUUCAGCACCUGCACAACACAUCUGUCAUGGGCAACAUCAUCCACGUGGAGCUGGAUACUAAAGGUGAAAAGCGCAUGCAUUUUUACGAGCUCCUUGUGAAUGGGCUCUACACUCCGCAGACCUUGCCAGUGGAGAAUGAACAAGAUGCAUCACCCACCGUCAAUGAAACUCUGCAGUUGGCCGAUACUCUGAAACGCCUAAAGGACGGUAGCCUUUCUUCUGUAGGAUCAUCCACUACCCCAAACAGCAGCACCCCAUUUUCCCAUGAUACGGCCUUUUCCAGUUGUCGGCAAGAUACCCCAAACUCGUACAGCCAGUUUACCCCCCAGUCCCAAGGAACUCCCCAUACCCCGCGUCUAGGGACUCCGUUUUCCCAAGACUCGGCCUACUCUAGUCGACAGACGACGCCUGCGUACCAUUUUGGACAGGACUCCGGGUAUAAACCCAGGAGGCACGAAACAAAAUUUACGGAUGCGUAUAAUCGGCGUUUGGGUCACCACUACGUACAUAACUCCGCAGGUACUUUCCGAGGCUCCGAGCAUCAGUUUGGUGCGUUCAAGUCCCAUCAGCAAGAAACCGUGCAAUAUUCCCACACGUCUCCCGUCAGUCACUCAGGUGCUCCAACGUACAAGUCUGCCUUCUCCCCGUACCAGGCCCCAGCAACGUACCCCCAGCCUGAAGAGCCCCAGUUUUCCCAAACUUCCAGGGAAGUUGAAUACCGGCGCCCCCUGCCCCCACCUCCCACAGAGGCGGCCAUUGAAAGUAGCACAGCUCCUCCUGUUGAAUUCGUUCCUGUGAAGGAGAAACCCGAGGAACCCCCCCCUCUUCCAGACCCUAACAGUCUUAAUGAGCCAACGGUGGCAACGUUCACCCAGACUCCAGAGCGGAGCGAGACCCCCGGCACCCCCACGGUAGAAUCCGAAAUUCAGCCUAACAGCUUGGACUCAAGGAUUGAAAUGCUCUUAAAGGAGCAGAGAACAAAGCUAUAUUUUCUCAACGAGCACGACUCGGACAAUGAGAUUCGAAUGGAAGGUAGUCCUAUUUCGUCGUCCUCUUCCCAGCUCUCUCCAAUCCCAAACUCGCAGCCCGUCUACAGAGCACAAACCCCUUCCUCGCGCCCUUCCAGCACUGGUUUGGAAGACAUCAGUCCGACCCCACUGCCUGAUUCCGACGACGACGAGCCCGCCCUUGGAAUGGCUGCUGCCUGCCAGAACUCAAGAGGGGCAGCCGCAGAUGCCAGCAUCACUCCUAUUGACCAGCUGAGUAGGACUUCCAAAUCGGAGUCCUCUGAGGCGAAAGAAAUGCAGCCUGUUCACAGCAGCCCCGUUCCAGAAAAAAUGGAAGAGUGUCAUCAGUCUUCAGGGGAAGACAUGGAGAUUUCUGAUGACGAAAUGAACGAGUCUCCGAGCGCAGAAUGUGCCAAAAACAUUGUGGUGAAUACCUCCAUUGGCAACUCCGCUGUGAUGGCGUCCUCGAUCCCCAUGCCUCCGCCUGGUUUUCCUCCUCUGCCUCCCCCACCGCCUCCCCAGCCGGUCUUCCCAAUGCCCCCUCCUCUCCCCCCUCCGCCUCCACCAACCCACCCAGCUGUCACCGUCCCCCCUCCGCCCCUCCCCACCCCUCCUGGGGUCCCCCCUCCUCACAUCCUGCCCCCCCUGCCUCCCUUCCACCCUGGGAUGUUUCCUCUGAUGCAAGUCGAUAUGAUCAGCGUCCUGGGAAACCAGUGGGGCGGCAUGUCUAUGUCUUUCCAAAUGCAAACCCAGAUGCUGAGCCGUCUGAUGCAAGGGCAGAACACGUACCAGUACCCCCCUUUCGUGGGGAACCGGAUGCAGUUUGUGAACCUCCCUCCCUACCGGCAUUUCUCCAUGGGAGCGGCUAUGAACCGUGGGCAGCAGUGGCCUCCCUUGCCCAGAUUUGACCCCUCAGUUCCCCCUCCAGGUUACGAGCCCAAGAAGGAGGAUCCGCACAAGGCCACCGUGGACGGUGUCCUGCUGGUGAUUGUGAAGGAACUCAAAGCGAUAAUGAAAAGAGAUUUGAACAAGAAGAUGGUGGAGGUGGUGGCCUUCCGGGCAUUCGAUGAUUGGUGGGACAAGAAAGAACGUCUAGCCAAGGCAUCGCUUACACCAGUAAAAUCUGGGGAAAAUAAAGACGAGGAGAAGCCAAAACCAAAGGACCGCAUCACAUCCUGUCUUCUGGAGAACUGGAAUAAAGGAGAAGGGUUGGGUUACGAAGGGAUCGGCCUGGGCAUUGGGCUACGAGGGGCCAUCCGGUUACCUUCUUUUAAGGUGAAGAGAAAGGAGCCGCCUGAAACUGCCUCAGCUGGAGACCAGAAGAGAAUCCGGCCCUCUACUUCCGUAGAUGAUGAAGAUGAAGAAUCUGAACGAGAUCGAGACCUGCCCGAUGCCACCUUGGAGCAUUCCAGGAAAGAUCCUGAAGCUGUAAGCAUCAGAAGAAGGCCGGCCAGGCCCCUGGAGCUGGACAGCGAAGGAGAGGAGGAAGAUUCGGGCAAAGAAGAGGAGGAAGAAGAAGAGGAGGAAUCCUCCUCAGAAAAGGAGGCAGAGCAGGAGGAAGAAGAAGGAGUGAUGAAAUUGGCAUCCGACAAGGAAGAGGAGGAAGAGGAAGAUGUCAACGAAGAAGAGGAGGAGGAAGAAGAGGAGGAGGAAGAUGAGAUGGAAGCACAAAUCAGUGAAAAGGAGGAGGAUCAAGAUUCUGAAGAAGCCGAAGAUAUAGGGAGCCCUGCCUCUUCCAGAGCAGAACUUGAGUCAUCUGAUGAAAGUGAGGAAUCCUCAGAAUUUGGGACAAGUUCUGAUUCUGACGAUGAAGACGAAGAGGAGGAGGAAGAGGAGGAGGAAGAAGAAGAACAGGAGGAGGGUGAAAAUUACGAGGAACAGAUGGAGGAUGACGAGGCGGUCUCUUUGUCGCAAGGAAGGGAAGCCUUGCCUGCUGAGCUGGCCCUUGAGUCCCUUGCUCAAGGAGCUGAAGAUGAGGAUGAAAAAGAGACCAUCCUCGAACUAUUUCCGGUGGACUACAUGCCAUUAGCCCUGGCAGAACCGUCGGCCCCAGAAGAGGAGCUGAAGGAGGGCCUCCGGCCAGCAGAAGAGCAGAAUCUGGAGAUGCCAGAGGAGUCCUUGGCCGCCGAAGUGCUGGUGGUGAUCGAGAGAGCUCAGGAGGAGAAGCGCCAGUUAUCUCCGGUGUGCGUGCCAGUGGGGGAGUCUGAACCAGACAUCGAACUGGAGCCUGAGAUGCUGGAUGGUCCCAAGCUGGACACCCAGGAUGGUGAAGGCCUCCGUCCUCCCACACCGGUGGAACUUUUUGGAGAAGCCUUGUCCAACAAGGCCUCCUUUUUUACUAAGCCUAAUGACAGCACUUUAGAAAUCCAAGCAAAACGCAAAUCGCCCUGCACAGCUGAGGAAGAGGACCAGCUUCCUCGGACUCCUGGGAGGGAAGUCCUGACUCACUCGGAGUCCCCCGGGCUUCCUUUCAGCACCAUCCCGCCCUGUUCACUUCCCCUGCCCUUGAUGGCGCCUCACAGAGAGGAGUUGUUGCUUCUUCCGGACAAGUUCCCCGAUCACUUAGCCCCAAGCAAACCAGCACUCGAGGAAGAGCUGCCCCGGACCCCGGGGCGGGACAUCUUAGCCAAGUGUUCCCACACCCUUUCCAAGUCCCAGAGCACGGACACUGUUCCCGCCACACCCGGGAGUGACGCCCCUCUCACUGGGAGCAGCAUGGCUCUGAGUUCUCCUCCGGUGCCAGGCAGCCCUUUCUCAUACCCAUCCCAGUCCCCUGGGAUCAACAGCGGUGGCAUCCCCCGGACUCCUGGGCGGGACUUCACUUUCACGCCGACGUUCCCCGAGCCUGGUGCCACCGCCCUCCCUUGCCUUUUAUCUAGCAAGAAGCCAUCCGAGGAUGAACCCGAUGAGAAGGUCUUUAAAGAACCUCUUGGGGCCUCCUUGUUGGCCGGCGUGAACAGCGUGCCCUCCCCAAUUCCCUUUGCCAGCCCCCCCAUCCCAGCGUUUCACACACACAUCGACUUGCCUGCCGGCCAGCCUCUCACAGUUCGGCCAUGCUUGUUCAUGGACUCAAAGAUGUUGCUGGAGGAGUGCGGCACGGACACGAGGCCCGUCUUGCCCUUCCCGGACAUCCCGAUGGCGUCGCCCCCUCUCCCUCCCCCCACCCCCUCUUCCAUCCUCCCCAUCAAGAGGAAACCAGGUCGGCCGAAACGAGCUUCUCCCUUGGGACCCAUGUUGGAGGCUUAUGCGGGGAAGCCCACGGAGCCUUCCCUUCUUCCGAUCCCGGUGGCCUUGACGGAAGGCCCUGUGAACAAAGAGUUAUUCGGUAACCAUCCAGAGGGUUUCUACGCUCUGAAAGACCCAGAGGCGGUCACCUUGGACUUCCGGAACGACGGUUUCCACGAGAAAGUGCCCCCCGACGUCUUGGUCGAGAAACUCCCCUUUAAGGAGUUGGAGAACCAGUGGAACGACGACUUCAAGGAAGAAGAGGGCUACCUGAAAGCGAAAAGGCAGUGGAGGCGCCAGAAGAAGAGGCCAGAUGACCUCCCGCAAAUCCCUUCCCCCGAGUACUCCCCCCCUCGGUUCCAGUUUCGGCCCCGCUCCGAGUUCGAGGAGAUGACCAUUCUGUACGACAUCUGGAACGGCGGGAUAGAUGAAGAGGAUAUCCAUUUUCUCUGCGUUACAUACGAUCACUUAUUGCAGCAAGACAACGGCAUGGACUGGCUGAACGACACUCUGUGGGUGUACCAUCCUCCAACCAGCUUUUCCAUCCCAAAGAAGAAGAAACGGGACGAUGGGAUGCGGGAACAUGUCACCGGCUGUGCCCGAAGUGAAGGCUAUUACAAAAUCGACAAAAAGGACAAGCUGAAAUACCUCAAUAACAGCCGGGCGUUUGCGGAGGACCCUCCAACCGAUACGCAGGGAAUGAGCAUCCCUGCUCAGCUCCACGUUUCCACCCGGGCCGGCUCCGAAAGGAGGUCAGAGCAACGCAGACUUCUCUCAUCAUUCACCGGCAGCUGUGACAGUGACUUGCUCAAAUUCAACCAGCUCAAGUUCCGGAAGAAAAAGCUAAAAUUCUGCAAGAGUCACAUCCACGACUGGGGGCUGUUUGCGAUGGAGCCCAUUGCUGCCGACGAGAUGGUGAUUGAGUACGUGGGCCAGAACAUCCGGCAGGUAAUUGCCGACAUGCGAGAGAAGCGGUAUGAAGACGAAGGGAUUGGGAGCAGUUACAUGUUCAGGGUGGACCACGACACGAUUAUAGAUGCAACCAAGUGUGGGAACUUCGCGAGGUUUAUCAAUCACAGUUGCAACCCAAAUUGCUACGCUAAGGUCAUCACCGUGGAGUCGCAGAAGAAGAUCGUCAUCUAUUCCAAGCAGCACAUCAGCGUCAACGAGGAGAUCACCUACGACUACAAGUUCCCAAUCGAGGAUGUCAAGAUCCCCUGCUUGUGUGGCUCUGAGAACUGUCGAGGGACUCUGAAUUAAAACCCCUGGUGGGUGGCCACGCAUCGGCGGCGUCCAGACCGUAGGGCGCUCGGUUGCACUUUUGCCAAAAAGGAGGAGGAAAAAGAAACGAAGUGGGGAAAGAGAAGAGAAGCGGGAGAGCGAAAACAAAUUGCUCCUCCCUGAACGCAAGUUGCGGACACGCACACUAGGACUUUCCACGCUGCAGGUGCUUUCCAUCCAACCCUCGCCUUCUCGUGAGUUGUCCCCGUUGUUCCCUGGCACCCGGCACCAAAACACUAUCUCUUUUCCCCCAUCCGCGGGCUCCGUAGCCGCACGGCUCCUGCGGGUACAGCGAGGUCUCUCUCCAUUAGUGAAAAACCAGUUGUCCUCGCAUGGCAAGCCACCUUUCCUCACAGGGUGCUGCGACCUUUUCCUCGUUCAU